GGAAAGACGACGAUUGACGUUGGAUUAUUCCACUGUAAUGGUAAAAUUAGAUAAUGGAGAAUAACCGACGAUUCUUCAUCCCCACCAUAAUACUCUCUUCCUCACUCUAUCCCUUCUCCCUAACCCACCAUGCCACCCUGCAAAUCCAUAACCAUCGCCACUCUCAUUCUCUUACUUUUCCUUUUAUUCUCUAUCAAUUUCGCUACCGCCGCUGCUUCAGGGGCUGCCCAUCUAGAAUCGGAAUCGGAGAGUAGUAAUUCAGAUUGCGAGGGGAGAUGGAUCCACAUCAGGAAACUCCCAUCCCGUUUCAACCUGGAUCUCCUCACCAACUGUUCUGCCUAUCCAAUCUAUGACGAUUUCUGCCCUUACUUGGCCAACCAUGGCCUUGGCCACAAGACCCACAACCGCUCACACAACUGGUAUCGCACCGACCCCUUUAUGCUCGAACUCCUCUUCCACCGCCGCAUCCUCGAGUACCCGUGCCUCACCCCUGACCCCUCCCUUGCCCAAGCAAUUUUCCUCCCUUACUACGGCGCCAUCGACUCUCUCCGCUACCUCUACGGCCCCGAAGUCAAUUCUAGCGCUGACCAUGGCCUCUCCCUUUACCGCUUCCUACAACAGGACAGCCCACAAAUCUGGUCUCGCUACUCCGGCCACGAUCAUUUCUUGGUGCUCGCCCGUCCCGCCUGGGACUUCUCCCAACCCUUAUCCAACGAUCCCCUUAUUUGGGGCACUUCUUUUCUUGAACUCCCCGAAUUCUACAACAUCACUGCUCUCACCCUCGAAUCCAGGGCUUGGCCAUGGCAGGAGCACGCCCUCCCUUACCCGACCUCCUUCCACCCUCCAACCCUUGCUUUGCUCCACUCAUGGAUUGCCCGCGUUCGCCGCGCUCGCCGGACCACCCUCAUGCUCUUCGCCGGCGGUGGUGGCGUCGCCUCUGCUCCCAACGUCCGCCACAGCAUCCGUAACGAAUGCGAGAACAGUACGGCCGUCGGCAACGACCCUACCAUUGGUGGCCAAUUCAAGGACUGUGAGAUCGUCGACUGCUCCAGUGGCGUCUGCGAGCAUGACCCAAUUCGAUUCAUGAGGUCAAUGCUUCAAUCAAGCUUCUGCCUGCAACCUCCCGGAGAUACGCCCACGAGGAGGUCCACCUUCGAUGGGAUAAUAGCGGGUUGCAUUCCUGUAUUCUUUGAGGAACUGUCGGCUAAAUCGCAGUUCGGGUGGCAUUUGCCGGAGAAUCAGUAUGGGGAAUUCUCGGUGUUCAUACCCAAGGAGGAGGUGGUGUCCAAGGGGCUGAGGAUCACAGAUGUACUUAAGGCGAUCCCUGCCAUGGAAGUCAGGAGGAUGCGAGAGAAGGUGAUAGAGAUGCUGCCGAGGAUUAUGUACAAGAGGCAUGGAAGCUCCCUGGGCUUGAGGGCUGAGAAAGACGCCUUCGACUUGGCAGUGGAGGGUACUUUAAACAAGAUCAGGUCCAGAAUUGAAGAAUUAACAGCAGUUCUUCGAUGAGACUUUUAUUUCUUUCUAUCCUCCUCAUUGAUUCUUUGUUACUUACUAUUUCCA